AUGUCUCGUCGUGUCUACGAAAGCAGAACAGUACACACAGUCGGCUCCAUGUUCAUGGCCAGUGAGCCAUGCCGGCUGCCCUGGCUGCAUGUGCGCACUGUGCAUCAGAGGCCACGGCCAGAUUCGGCUUUCAGUGGCGCUACGACGAAUCGGAUGUCUCGGCUUUCUGCUCUGAUGCUACUGCAGCGACGAGGCAGAGGGAGGCUACGUGCAGUCCGUGCUGGCAACGCACAGAGACGAGAGGCCAGAUCUUCCACAGUGGCUCACCAGAAGGUGGCUCUGGUGAUUGGUUUCAUUGGCUCCAGAUACCACGGAUUGCAGAUCCACUAUGACGAGGAUGUCACCGAAGCUGUGACCAUCGAGUGGCUCCUGCGAGGGGCCUUGUUGUCCUCCGGCGCUCUGGAGGAAUCCAAAGCAACAAGCCUAGAGCGCAAUGCAGAAUGGAGGCACUCCAGCCGCACAGAUGCUGGUGUCCAUGCUUGCAGACUGGUCAUCACGGCUCGUUUGGCUGUGGGGCGACCGGAUGAAAAGGGACAAUAUCCAUGGCUCGUGUCGCAGCUAAACGACCUACUGCCAGAUGAUGUAGUCGUGUUUGCUGCCCGGCUGGUUCCCGAAAGCUUCGACGCUCGGUACUCUUGCUCCUGGCGUGAGUACGACUACAUCCUACCUGCCAGUGUUUUGGCCCACCAGGACGCGACACCUAGGGGCGGUGCUGCCCUGCAAUCUGUGCACAGGCUGCUGCAAGUCUUUGUUGGUCGACACUGCUUCCACAACUUCACCCGUCUGCGCGGCAGCCGGAGCCGUCCAGGAGAGCCAACGCUGCACUCUGCGGACACCUUCCGCCGAACUGAAUCCAAACUUGAGGCGUGCGAUGCCCAAGUCUUGCAUCUCCCAGGCCCUGCAGAGGACUUCAUCCACAUUCUCUUGCAGGGCAACCGCUUUCUGUAUAAUCAGAUCCGGUACAUCGUUGGGGCUGUUGCAGCUGUGAGCGCCGGCUACUUGCCUGAGCCCUCGCUGCGGGCCGCACUGUGCAGUUCAGCCAGGUUCCGAUUCCCUGUCGCCCCAAGCUGCGGGCUGCUGCUGCGGUCCGGUGGCUUCACAGGCACCCAGCAAAAUCCUUGUGAUGUCGCAAUGGACCAAGAGCAGGUGUUCAGUCGGAUGCUGCCAAUGACUACGCGGGUUUUGCUGGAUGGACCUGCAUCAGCGGAGGCGCAGGCCUUUGAAAAGCGGGUAUUUGCAGAAGCUGCAGCUAGCUGGCAGAAGGACACUGUGGAGAGCUUCCGGCUGUCCUUGAUGCGGGCUCGGUGUCCAGACGAGGCCUUUGCAAGAGUUUUGCCCGGUGGCUUUGGUGCCGUGGGCGGCCUCGGUGAUCCUGCAUGGAAGAGGUAUUUUGUGGAGAAUGCCGUCGUUGAACCUCUUGCGUCAGCCAUGCCAACUUCAGUGUUUUUGCCACCUGGCCUCCUAGCCACACGGGCUGUUCUUGCGGACAAGACGCAGGAAGUAGCUUCGGUGCCGAUGGCGAGUCCGGGCUUUGUGUCUGUUGACAGGCCACUGGCGCUGACUCUCUUGGAGCGAGGCCUCUUUGUGGCACAGGCCGACCCGGCCCCGUGCCCAAAGCCGCGGAUCUCGGAUGUAGCUUGUGUUGCCAAGCUGGCCCGCAGCCCGAAUGGGACCGAUGUUGUCAGCAAAUUUCUCAGCUCUAACCCCACUGCAGCGCCAAUGCUGGUGUCGGUGCUUCUCCCCGAAGUGGCAUGCUUGGCCAGUCACCCCUAUGGCGCCGGCGUUGUCAGUGAGCUUUUCUGCCAUUGCCAGGACUUAAAGCUCAGUUCUGCUGUCAUUGCGCUGUCGAGCUGUUUGAAGGGCUCCUUGGUGCGCCUUACCAAAGACCGUUUCGGCUGCAGGGUCGUCCAGGCUGCCUUACGAGAGGCAAUGCCGGAAUUUCAGCAGUGUUUCGUUUCGGAGCUCCAGGGCCAAGUCCUCAGCCUCUGCCAGCACCUUCAUGCCAACUUCGUGCUGCAAAAGUGCAUUGAGCUGCUGGAGCCUCACUUGGGUGUCUUCAUGAUCACGGAGCUCAAAGACCAUGCGGUCUCAGUCGCGGUUCAUGUCUAUGGUUGCCGUGUCUUGCAGCGUUUGAUUGAACACUGUUCGCGCGAGCCACAACUUAUCGAACUGGUUGACUCUAUGCUGGGCAACGCGGAGAAUGUCGAGAAGCUGCUGAAAGACCUCUUUGGCAGCAACGUCCUCCGUGCUUUGCUGGUACAUGGCACCGUGAAUCAUGUGAAAGCGAUUUUGGAUGUACUCGGUACCAAUGUCCUCAAGUUUGCGAAGCACAAGCAUGCCUCACUGGUGUUCGAGCGGUGUCUGGAGGUGUCGAGCAGCUGCGAAGAACUUCGCCUGCCGCGGAAGCACUUGAUGGCUCAGCUGAUUCAGAGCAGCCUCUCGGGCAAAGCUCCCCUCAGCCAGGUUCUGUUGGAUCGCUUCGGCAACUAUCUGGCACAACGUGUAAUCCAGUGCUGCUGCAGCGACGAGGAGGAGAUGAUAGUGAAGCUCUUGGCGUCCUCCUGGCCAAAGCUGCAGCGCUCACCGGUGGGAAGGCACAUCAUUGUGGCGGCCACGCGAAGGUUUGGACGGAACUUCCAGGUGGACUUGGCAAGGGCACGUUUGGAAUCCUGUCCACUGUUAUCUCCGGGUGCAAGCACACAACGUGCAAAGCCCUCCAUGCAGCAGCCCGUCAAGGAGCUGCCAGUGGCGCCCACGCUGCUGAAAUUCUUGCCUCCGCCAGGCUUUGAGCACUUCGUGCAGAAAACCGUGCCAGCAAAUGCCAGGACUGGAGGGUCGCAUCGCUGCUCGCGGAAUGGGGCCGAACAGCCGGAUGGCAGCGGCCAAACGUCUCCGAGCGACACGGGCCUCCUAAGUUCAGGCCCUGAAGCUGCCGGUACCGACAUCGCAGACUACAUCGUGAAGAUUAUCAGGACGGAAGCAGGCGCGGAGGGGAUGAUCCAAUGCCUGGCCAGCGCCAGUGCUCUGGGCCUUGCUGUGGCUGUCGCAGCUGUGCUCCCGGAGCUGCCGGACUUGGCAUGUGAUGUCCACGCGUCCAAAGUCCUCAUAGCGCUUUUGGAGCGCUGCAGGGAUGUGUCACAAUAUCGGGUGAGACUCGUCCAACGUCUUCGUGGGCAUUUGCUCAAGCUGACGAAGGACAAAACUGGCUGCGUCGUGAUGCAGCGCAUGCUGGACGUAGCAGCAGUAGAGCUGCAAAGUUGCUUGCCCCUCGAACUGCGAGGCAAAGUGCUAGCAUGCAGCCAACAUUUGCACGGAAACUUCGUGCUGCAGCGAUGCGUGGAGGUUUUCCCGCCAGAGUCCCUUUCCUUUCUCAUCCUUGAGUUGAAGGGGCAUGCCGCCUCCGUCGCCACGCAUAUCUACGCUUGUCGUAUUCUGCAGCGCCUGGUGGAGCGUUGUCCAUCGCAUCCGGAGAUGCCGGAGCUGCUUCAGAGCAUCCUCCAACCCAUGGACCAGCUGGAGCGACUGUGUAAGGAUCCCUACGGAAACAACGUCAUCCGCAGCCUCCUGCUCCGAGGGUCAGGAACUGCUGCGCGCUUCGUGAUCAACGCAAUCAGCACAGAUGUUCUGAAGUUCUCACGGAAUCGACACUCGAGCUUGGUAGUGGAGCGAUGCAUCAUGGUGUCGAGUGAUGAACGUCAAGAGGAGUUCGCAUGUGAGAGAGCUGCAUUGAUGGGAGCCCUUCUCCUGGAUGGAUCCGGUGGAAGCAACCCACCUUUUCUACAACUCAUGUUGGAUCGCUUCGGCAACUACAUCGCUCAGCGGGUGAUUGAGUGCUGUCAGGGCACUGAGGCUCUCCGUGUCGAACAGCUGCUCCACAGAUCUUGGGCCAAAUUGCAGAAUUCAUCCAAUGGGAGACACAUCAUAGCAGCUGCCCGCAAGCGAUUUGGCGGUGGCGAGAUGGUCGCAACGAUCAGCUUAUAG